UGGGAAAAAUACACAAUACAUCAUGUUUCUCACCACAUGCAACUUGGCUAAAGCAAAAUCUAAAACCAUCCUGGUGCAGAUGAUGAGCGCUGCAGGAACUGGAUUCUUCUUCAACACAAAGAGGAACCGGCUCAGAGAGAAGCUGGUGCUGCGUAAACACGACCCCUUCGUAAACAAGCAUGUGCUGUUUUUUGAAAAGAGGAAGAUCAGAUCAAUUUAACAAUGGACACCCACAUAUGGACUACAUGAAGCUGCAAAGUUUAAACACUGUUUAUUGUCAAGGAUUAAAGAAAGCAUUGGUCAGUCAGCAUUUCCGAUUGGCUGUCUCACAGACAGAUUUUUUUAAAAUCUUUUUUUCCCCUUUUUUGAUCAGUUAAAAUCCCACAGCUCUCCAAACUGCAGCAGUUCAGCGUGAAGCCGUGACUCAAUUUGAACAUUUUCCAUCAUCACUUUAAUUUAAAACUUGGUUGAUGUUCCAAGCUGUUUGCUCACAGAAUAAUAUCUUUUUGGUAUCAAUGGUUAUGUAAUGAACUCUGUUAACAUAAUUAAAAUGUUUUCUGAUAUGAA